AUGGCUACAUCAGCUUUCACUGCUAGGACAUCGAGACGUCAACAGCCUAAUGGCCGACGACAGCAGCAAUUGCAGCAGCAACAACAACAACAACUAAAAUUGCAUCAACAACAGCAGCCACACCAGCAACAACAACAACUAAAAUGGCAUCAACAACAACAACCGCAGCAGCAGCAACAACAACAGCAACGUCAACUGUUUUCUUCAAACAGUGACUCAACUUUAAUGCACAACAACAGUGGUACAAGUAGUGGCAGUCAAGCGACGAACACCUCACACCUCAGCAGUAAUAGCAAUAGCAGUGUCAGUAAUGCUAAUAAAAACGUCGACAAGCGUUACAAUUCCAGCGGUAAUGUGCCUGCUGUAAAUAAUAAAACAAACAGCCUGUUCAAUCAUCUUGCCACUACUACUACUCAACAAAAUUGCAAUUCAAAGAGAACGAAAAUCUCCGUGCAACGUACGAAACAGCAACAUUCGACAAGCAACCAGCUACAAAUUAAUGGCAUGCCACAUUCAACAAGCAACCAGCAACCAGUUAAUGGCAUGCAACAUUCAACAAACUGCCUGCACCAUCAACAAAACUGCCAACAUCGUUUGCAACAACAACACCACAAACAACAACAACAAUAUCAGCAGCAGCAGCAACAACAGCUACUACAUCAUCAGCAACAUCAAUUGCAACAGCCACAACAACGUGGGAACCAUAGCUCUAGACUCACGUCCUUUAGAUCUAGUGUCUCCGAAUUGAAGGCGCACACAAACACAUUAUAUUGCAUAUUUAAAUUCAUACCUAUUUACGUCAUUAAGAUCUAUCUCUGUUUAACUAUAAAUAUAAAUAUUUAUGUUCUAAAUGUAAUAAGGUUUUGGACUCUUCUUCAAACUUAUAAGCCAAAAAAUUUCAAAUCUGUAACCUCUAUAACUCAAUCAUUUGAUUGA